CAAUGGCUUCAGCAGGAAAGUGGUAUCCAACUUCUUUAGUCGUCUUCAGGGAGACGUAGUGGAGUUGGAAACGUGUGGCAUGAUUUCUGUGUCUCUUCCAGAAGCCAACCCCACCCAACCCAACAAACAUAAGUUAUCAAACAAUCCAAAAGGAAAAAACUAACAUCACAUUCUUCUAGAUACCCAAAUAUAAAAAUGUCACAAAACUAGGCCUGUCCCUGUCACUAUUUUGGUCGUGAUCAUCGUGUUAAUAUAACAAUCAUAUCUCUCUUGGAGUUAUUGAAUUCCCAAAAACCUCUCUCUCACUUCUUCAUCCCUCCUCCUAUAGCUCAAAGGGUUUUUGAAGCUCAAAGUAAAAAUUUUGAGACAUGGGUAUUGUUAUCGUCAAUAAGAACAAGCCUCAUGUGUUGGUCUUGUUAGUAAUCUUGAUUGCUUCUUCAGUGGCAGAGAAAACUUCUGUUGUGGAAGGAAGGACACUUUCCCUCACACCCCUUCAAGGGUACUCAAAAAAUUUAGCUUCUCUUGGACUUGUUUGCAAGUGCUGUGAUGGAGAUGGAGGUGCCUGCAGAAGCUUAUGGACAGAGUCAUGUUCUAACCUGCAAUGUUCUCCUUGGAAAUCACACCUAAUAAUCUCAUAGAUCUUUUCUAGGUUUUCUUUUGCUCUGUUUUAAGAGAUAUUUAUAGGGGGUUUUUAACUCUUCAUCUGAUUUUAUGUGCUCUUCAGUGUAAAUUUUGUGAAUACAUAUGUGCUUAAAUAUGGUAUGUAUAUAUUAGAAGGAGUAAGAAGAAGCCUUUGACCACAUGGCCACUGUGGUUAAUCAUUGCAUGAUUGCUUAAUGAGCAAAUGGUAGACUUGUUAGAGACUAAAA